AGAGGUUCCACGACGACUUCCUUUUCUUCGCGCCAUGAAUAACCAUCCCGCUUACCUCUCCUCCCAUCACUUUCCCGAGAAAAUAAGAAUUAAUCGCAAGAAUGGAUCAUUACAAGGUUCUAGGGUUGCACAGAACCGCAUCAACGGAAGAGAUCAAAGCAGCGUUCAAGAAAUUGGCGUUUCAAUUCCAUCCAGACAAGCACUCCCACUCGCCCAAGGUCGUCAGGGACAACGCCACGCUUCGAUUCAAGCAGGUUUCUGAGGCUUAUGAGGUCCUCAUGGACGAUCGCAAGCGCGCCGAUUACAAUUUCCGCUCCCGCUCCACCGCUGCCGGUGGUAGCAGCAGUUACUAUUCGCAGUAUUCUUACGGAUACGGUCGUGGGAGUAGUAGUUACCAACAAAGGUCCAGGCAUCAAUAUGGUGGUGGUGGUGGUGGCGGCGGAGGCGGCAUUGCUUCGAAGUUUGAGCUUGCUAUUCGAAUUUUGACGGCGAGAUCUUCUCUCCUCAAUCUCGGCUUUGCAGCAGCUAUAUUGGGUGGAAUAGUUAUCAUCGAUAAAAGUGGAGAAUCUUUGUGGGAAAGGCAAAAUUCUGGGAAAUCAUUUGAAGAAGCCAUGAAGUCUAUUGAUAAGGCCAAAGCAUACAGAGAUGAUAGCGCGAAGGAACGUACGUGAGUGAAUUUGUGCAUUUUUGCUUCACUUGUCGCAGGAGGCUUCUUCAUUUUGAUCAAUAAUAAUUGAAUGAUUGAUGGAUACUUUAAGGGUUUGUUUUAAGAGGGUACUAAGUAUGAUCGCCUCCCUUUCUAUUUAUUUUGUUGUAUCCUGAUGUGUCAAUUUUGGAGGUUCUCUUGCUUCUCUAUUAGCAUGAUUAUUCUACAAUUAUGUAGUGUUUGAUAGCUAUCGUAGGACACAAAUACAGAGAUGGAGAGAAAAAUAAGAAAUUGUGUGUGGAGCUGGAGAUAUGAAUAUACAACAAUCUGUCAAUUUUUUUGUUGAAAGGUAGAGAGCAAGGGAUACGAAUUUUCUUUCUCUCUCCAUCUCUGUAUUUUUGUCAUGUCUUAGCUGUCAUCUCUAAGUGAUAGUGAUAAAAGUAAGGGAAUUCGGAUCAUGCUUAUGCCUGUAAAUAACAUAUAUAUUUAUGUAAAUAGGUCACAGUUUACCCAGAUAUUUGAAUGUCUGGAAGUUUGUUCUAUCUCUAA